CAUCUCUCUCUCUCUCUCUCUCUCUCUCUGUUCUCAAAACCCUUCUCUCUCGCUGCUUUGUCUGAUCAAACCCUACUCUCUCUCUCUCUCUCUCUCUCUGCUACUUUCUUGAACAAUGAAGCACUUCAUGCAACCAAGAAGCGCGAUCUUGAGAGAGAACCAUCCGUCUUCCGAAUCGGCGGCAUCUCCGAACCCUCAUAGUUCUCUGAAGCAGAGAUCUUCGCGCAAGCACAAGUCGUCCAAGGAGAACGCUCCCCCGACUACAGAUCCCAAUGCGAUUCUCGACUUUCCCUCGGUGGCCGGAAAGCCCUCUCCCUCGCCGGCGGCGAAGAUCAGGAGUCCAUUGCCGCCGAGGCCGCCGUCCUCGAACCCUCUGAAGCGGAAGCUCAACGUCGAGUCCAUUCCAGAGAAUGGAGUUCCUGGAUACUCUGAUUCAGAAGUGAAGGUUAUAGUGCGAGUCCGGCCACCAAAUAAAGAUGAGGAGGAAGGAGACUUGAUAGUUCAGAAAAUUGCUAAUGAUUCUUUGUCAAUCCUUGGACAGACAUAUACAUUUGACUCUGUUGCUAACUCCGAGUCAACACAGCUAGAUAUAUUCCAGCUUGUUGGAGCUCCACUUGUCGAAAAUUGCCUUGCUGGGUUUAACAGUUCUGUUUUUGCAUAUGGUCAGACUGGGAGCGGAAAGACUUAUACAAUGUGGGGACCUGCCAAUGCCUUAUUGGAAGAAAACCUAUCAAGUGAUCAACAAGGCUUGACCCCUCGUGUUUUUGAGCAACUUUUUUCUCGCAUAAAUGAGGAACAAAUUAAGCAUGUUGAUAAGCAACUCAUGUAUCAGUGUCGCUGUUCUUUUCUUGAGAUUUAUAAUGAACAAAUCACUGAUUUGUUGGAUCCAAGCCAAAGAAACCUCCAGAUUAGGGAAGAUGUCAAAUCUGGUGUAUAUGUCGAGAAUUUGACGGAGGAGUGUGUAUCUACCAUGAAGGAUGUCAAACAGAUUUUAAUGAAGGGAUUGUCACACCGGAGAACUGGUGCAACAAGUAUAAAUGCUGAGAGUUCCCGCUCACACAGUGUAUUUACAUGUGUUGUUGAAUCACGAUGCAAGAGUGCAGCAGAUGGUUUAAGCUGCUGCAAGACAAGUAGAAUAAACCUGGUAGAUCUUGCUGGUUCAGAAAGACAGAAACUCACAGGUGCAGCUGGAGAGCGCUUGAAGGAAGCAGGAAACAUCAACCGAUCACUCUCACAGCUUGGGAACUUGAUAAACAUUCUUGCGGAAGUUUCCCAAACAGGAAAGCAGAGGCACAUUCCCUACAGAGAUUCGAGGUUGACAUUCUUACUGCAGGAAUCUCUUGGGGGAAAUGCAAAACUAGCAAUGGUCUGUGCUAUUUCUCCUGCACAAAGCUGUAAGAGCGAGACGUUGAGCACACUGAGAUUUGCCCAGCGUGCAAAAGCUAUUAAGAACAAAGCAGUUGUAAAUGAAGUAAUGCAGGAUGAUGUAAAUUUCUUGCGUGAAGUAAUACGGCAAUUAAAAGACGAACUGCUUCGGAUGAAGGCAGAUGGAAACCAAACUGACCCUAAUGGAAAUUAUUCAACAGGGUGGAAUGCCCGUAGAAGCUUGAAUCUUCUGAAAUUUAGUCUUAACCGUCCAAUGACAUUACCUCAUGUAGAUGAUGACAGUGAUGAAGAGAUGGAAAUUGUUGAGGAAGCUGAUCAAGAUCGUACUCAAUUAGAAGAUGUUGACACAAACAAUGCCAUGGAUGUGAGCCAUCUAGAAGCUGAAGAACUGGGCUCACAACAUGUGACCUGCAAGGACACAGAAGCUGGAACUUCUGCAGCACUCUGGACAAACACAUCUGAAAGUUGUAUUGAGAAUCAAGGCUCCAAGGACACAGAUAUCAUUAUGGAAGAAGAAACAUCUGACCAAGUUGACAAGCAUGAAAUUAUCACUGCUGAUUGUGAAGAAGCUUCUAUGACGUUUCAAGAAAACCAUCCCAAUAAUGCUAAAGGAAAUGUCAGAGAUUCUACUGGGAAGCCAAGUCAGGAGUGUCUUGCCUCCUCUGUUAGUAAUUUGCUGAAUGAAGAAUCAACAACUAGGCAAGUGAGUCAUAGUUCUGCACACUUACUUUCAGAGUCAGCUGGUGAAGCAUCUGCAGAUAAUAUUGUAGAAGACAUGUCUAAUACUUUGCUGAAUAGCUCUGACAAUCCAGUUUCUCCUUCUAACCUGAGCCUAGUCCCAUGUGAAGUGUCCCCAGUUCUUAAAUCUCCCACUCUUAGUGUCUCACCAAGAGUUAGUAACAACAGCAGGAAAAGUCUUAGGAGUUCAUCCACAUUAACUCCUUCCCAUAAAGAUCUCAAAGAUGAGGAUAAGUUUGGUUCACAAGAUGUAUGUGUAUCUUUUCCGAAAGCCACAAAAACCAGCUCUUUGAAAUCUCAGUCUACUCAAACAAGUUGUUCUCCCCCAACUGAAUAUUUGGCUGCUAGUCUCCACCGUGGGCUUGAAAUUAUUGAUACCCAUCGUCAAAGUUCUGCUCUCAGGCGAUCAUCAUUUAGGUUUUCAUAUAAACCUGCUGACAUUAAGCCAAUUCUGCCAAUUGACAAGGUUGAUGUGGGUGUACAAACUGUUCCUGAAUAUAUAUCAGAAGAAAAGGAACCACUACUUUCCUUGUGUGAUAAAUGCAAGGAAGAAAAUUCUCAGCAAGAGUUCAAAGAUGCAAAUGACACUUCGAAUUUGCAGUUGGUACCUGUGGAUGGGUCGCAGACAACGGAAAAGUCUAAGAAGCUAGUCCCCAAAGCAGUAGAAAAAGUCUUAGCUGGUGCUUUUCGUAGAGAGAUGGCAUUGGAAGAGUUCAUUGCCAAGCAGACUUCUGAAAUUAUGCAACUUAAUCGUUUGGUCCAGCAGUACAAGCAUGAGAGGGAAUGCAAUGCAAUUAUUGGACAGACACGGGAAGAGAAAAUUGUUCGGCUGGAGUGUCUAAUGGAUGGUAUUUUAACUAAUGAGGAGUUUGUGGAGGAUGAGUUAGUAUCACUAAAACAUGAGUACAAGCUUCUGAAGGAAAAAUAUGAAAACCAUCCAGAAGUUUUAAGGACAAAAAUAGAGUUAAAAAGAUUUCAAGAUGAGCUUGAACGAUAUAGGAACUUUUUUGAUAUGGGCGAGCGGGAUGUUUUAUCGGAAGAGAUUCAAGAUCUAAGAAGCCAGCUACAGUACUAUAUAGACUCUUCACCUAAGUUGUCUCAAAAGCGAGGUUCUCUCCUGCAGUUAACUUAUUCACACGAGCCAAGUGCGACUCAACCAUUGUGCACAAUACCAGAGUCAACUGAGGAGACUGUUGAAGAAAAACUUGAGCAGGAGAGAAUUCGUUGGUCAGAGGCAGAGAGCAAGUGGAUUUCUCUUGCUGAAGAAUUGAAGAUUGAACUUGAAGCUAGUCGUUCUUUAGCUGAGAAGCGGAAGCAUGAGCUGGAUUUGGAGAAGCAAUGCUCAGAGGAGCUGAAGGAAGCAAUGCAGUUGGCCAUGGAAGGUCAUGCACGCAUGCUUGAACAAUAUGCAGACCUUGAAGAGAAACAUAUCCAAUUGCUUGCAAGGCAUAGGAAUAUUCAGGAUGGAAUAGAUGAUGUUAAGAAAGCAGCUGCAAGAGCAGGUGUGAGAGGUGCCGAGUCUAAGUUCAUAAAUGCCCUUGCUGCAGAAAUUGCUGCAAUAAAAGUGGAAAGAGAAAAAGAAAGACGAUAUUUCAGGGAUGAGAAUAAAGGGUUGCAGGCUCAACUGAGGGAUACUGCUGAGGCUGUCCAGGCCGCUGGUGAACUACUUGUGCGGCUUAAAGAAGCAGAUGAAGCUGUUGCUGCUGCCCAGAAGCGAGCAAUGGAGGCUGAGCAAGAGACUGAGAAGGCUUACAAGCAGAUUGAUAAAUUGAAGAAAAAACAUGAGAAAGAGGUAACUUCUCUGAAUCAGUUACUCGCAGAAUCUCAUUUGCCUAGAGAAGCAACACGGCCUGCUUAUGAUGACUCUGAAACGGUGAAAUAUGAUGUUGAAGAGUUCCCUGACACAGGCGAUCAACGAUGGCAGGAAGAGUUUGAGUCAUUUUAUAAAACCAAAGAAGGUGAGUUAACUACUAAACUUGCAGAACCAUCAUCUUGGUUCUCUGGGUACGAUCGGUGCAACAUAUAGACAGGAUAUGUGUAAUGGCAUUCUCUUGUAUAUGUUAACAGUUGCGAUUGCGUGCAUAGCACUGAGCUUGUAGCAGUUAUUGUGGUAUAUCGGUUGUUCUCACCAAUGGUGAGGGCCAAUGUAUUGGUUCUCUCUGUGUUCUGUAUUCAUUUUGGAUUCUUGAAUCAUAAAAAUAUGAAUGAAUCAGUGAUUGUAUUCUUUAUUGAA